AUGAGAUCGCAAUUCUUUCACCAAUAUAUUGUAUUAUGUGACGCAAAGACGGUGAGCCGAGUAUUACGUCAGGCCUUGCUGCUAAGCAUGAUGUCAUAUCCUUAUAACUGGCUGGUGGUGAACAUGGGUUUGGAGCAAGUAGACUUGGAUGAUCUAAUUGCGGCGCAUCCCAAUUUAACUCUCCUCCAGCUCAUGGUCGACCCGGAUUCCGCCUCUUGCAACUUAUCCUCGAAUGAUGUAUCGCUGGCUAACGCCAUACUGCACGAUGCCUUCCUCCUUUCGAUGCAUUUAAUAGAGGUUGAGGACAAUCGAACAUUGUCGUUAGGACUUGAAUCAUCAACCGCCUUGUCGCUGGUCGAAGAAACGACUAUCGAAGAUGGUUACGUCAAAGGAAACGGAUGCCUAAAAGUCAGUAUACAUUCAAUUCAUUUUGCUUCAUUUCAACGCCCUAUGCGCCAUUUUUUGUCUUCUUUCUCCUGCUGUUCCUGGAUUCUUGAUUCGCAUUUGUUUCACAGAAGCUUAUUUCUUUCCAUUUCGUACUUUCGAUAUCCGCAUCUGCUUGUACACUCUCCAAAAUCUUUUAAAAAACGACCAUGA